CCCUAGCUUAUGUCAGCCAAUGAAAUUUCACCGGAAGUAGUUUUACAGUUUUCUCCCAGCAACGAUAAACAAUUUGCUGUGUGCCGUAAGGUUUGAAUACAGAGUCCUUUGCUAAUAGGCUGAUAAGAAAAAAGACAAAAUGGCAGGAAGAAGAAAGGCAGAGAUUCAACUGCAGAUGCAGAUAGAGUCACAAGAAGAAUGGGAAGAUUUACUAUCUAAAGAGGGAUUAAAUGUGAUAGAUGUUUAUCAGGAAUGGUGUGGACCUUGUACUGGAAUGGUCAGCAACUUUAAAAAAAUAAAAAAUGAAAUGGGAGAUCCCCUCCUGAAAUUUUGUACUGCCAAAGCAGACAUGAUUGAUUCAUUAGACAAGUAUAGAGGGCACUGUGAACCUUGCUUCCUUUUCUAUGCUGGAGGAUGCCUGGUAGCAGUGGUAAGGGGAGCUAACUCACCAAAGAUUCUUAGAACUAUUACAGAACAACUGAAGCAGGAACACAAAUGUUUAGAUGGUGGUUCAGAGAGAAAAGAGAUCAAGGAUCCAUUCAUUGCUCAAUUAGAGGCUAAAGAAAAGGAAACAGAUAAGGAAGAAGAGGAAGAGGAAGAAGGACGUCCUCCUUCUAAAGGAGUUCCAAGUCAAGAAAUGAAUCGAUUAAGAUAUAAGGGAGAAAUCAUUAAUUAUGGUGACACUCUAGAUUUAUCAGAAGGUGUAAAGGAGGUCACCGUAGCCUUAAUCAAACCAGAUGCUGUGGAAGCUGGAAAGGUUGACCAGAUACUUGAAGAUAUAAAAGCCGCAGGCAUUGAAGUCUUGAAACACGAGGAGAGAAAGUUAACGGAGGAUGAAGUCAGACAGUUCUACACUCACUUACAAGACCAGGACUUCUUUGAAGACUUAGUCAAGUUUAUGACCAGUGGUCCCAGUCAUGUGCUUGCCUUGACCAAAGGCAAGACUGGGGAAAAUAUCAUUGAUGAAUUCAGAGAUCUGAUUGGACCAACUGAUGUGGAAGAGGCAAAGACACAGAAACCUGAAAGUUUGAGAGCCAAACAUGGACAGCAGACCUUCAUGAAUGCACUCCACGGCAGUAGCUCGGCAGAUAUGGCUACGAGAGAACUUGCCUUUUUCUUCCCAGACUUUGUAGCACCACAUGUGGACGGUAAAGCACCUAAACUCCAGAGAACUCUUGCUUUAGUAAGACCAGAGGCCUUCAGACUCCAUAAAGACGAAAUUAUUUCUAAGAUUCGUGAAUCUGGAUUCAAAGUUGCCAUGCAAAAGGAAAUGCAGUUGACGAGAGAAAUGGCAGAAGAAUUUUACAAAGAACAUAAAGGCCAAGAAUACUUUGACCAGCUUGUUACAAAUAUGUCCAGUGGUCCAGUGUUGGCCCUUGGUCUGGCCAGAGAAGAUGCCAUUGAGGGAUGGAGAAGUAUGUUAGGUCCAAAGGAGGUUGAUAAAGCUAAAGAAGAGGCUCCAGAAAGUUUACGAGCAAAGUUUGCUGUGGAUGAUGCAAUUAAUUCUUUACACGGCUCAGAUUCAGAAGACACUGCCAAAAAAGAAUUAGAGUUUUUCUUCCCAAUGGAACAAACAGUUGCUGUUAUAAAACCAGAUGCUGAAGGAACGAAAGAUGAGAUUAUUGACAGAAUUCAUGAGGCUGGAUUUAAAAUAGCAGCCAGGAAAGAGACCAAAUUGACCAGAGAGAUUGCAGAAGAAUUUUAUGCUGAUCAUAAAGACAAAGAUUAUUAUAAUGACCUUGUAGAACAUAUGACAAGUGGUCCAACAUAUUUGAUGGUGCUGUCAAGAGAAGCUGCUGUUGAUGGUUGGAGGUCAAUGAUUGGACCAACUGAUCCAACACAGGCCAAAGAAGUUUCUCCCGAUAGUAUACGAGCAACAUAUGGUGAAAGUAUAUUAAAGAAUGCCGUCCAUGGAAGUUCAGAUCCAGAACAUGCAAAGAAAACCAUUAAAGCUAUUUUUGGUGAUUUGAUGUUCAAUCCGGAUGGUACAGCGCUAGAAACAAUCGACGAAGAAGCAGAAAAAGAUCAAGAAGGUUUUGCAGCAGAAGUUCCGACAACAAAAACAGCAGAAAAACCUGUAUCAGAUUCAACGAAGGAUGCAGAGGAAUCAUCACCGGAAGUGAAACAACAACAGUUAAACGAACAAAGAACUAAAGAAGAAGAAACGAGGGAAGAAACACCAAAAGAAGAAACCAAAGAAGAAGAAAAAACAGAUGAGCAGCCUUCUACAGAAGAAUCCAAAGAAGAACAAUCUAAAGAGGAACAACAAGAAGAAAAACAAGAAGAAGCACCGAAGGAAGAAAAAACAGAAGAAGAAACAAAAGCCCCUUCACCAAAGCCAUCUGAAACAGAGGCUAAGCCAUCUGAAACAGAGGCUAAGCCCUCUGAAAGUGAGGCUCAGCCUCAGUCAGAAACUGAGGCUAAGCCUGAGGAACAACAGCAAGAAGAAAGUAAAACAGAAGAAAAACCAAGUGAAGAAACAGAACAAAAGACAGAAGAAAGCACUGCACAGGGUGAAGAGAAAAAAGAAGAAACACAAUCAGAGGAAAAAGCACCUGACACACAAACCACUGAGGAAUCAAAAGAAGAAGAGAAAAAGGAAGAAACAAAGCCGGAAGGUGGGGAUUAAUGAAAACAUGAAUGGAUUUAAUAACCAAGAGAUCUGAACAGGACUUUCUGUGAUAAUAACUGCCUUUGUCCCUGUGCCUAUUUAUAAAUGGACUAGAUGGAAAGCAUUGAUAGUUUUUGUUGUUGUUUUCAAUACAAACUUUGUGAUGGUGUUAUCUACACGGACAUUCCACACGUAUUGGCAUUAAUUGCAAAAUCUUUUGAUGAUUUUGGAUUUGUUAUUUU